CGACACGGCCGCCCUAAUAGGCAAAGAGCCGAAGGAUACAACAGGUAAAGUACAAAUCGCCAGCUGGUCGCCAUUUUUACCGUUAAUUACAGAGCGUCUAUCAGGCACAAUGCCGAUUGACAAAUCCUGGCACGGCUAUGCCAAAGGGGAAGUGCCUGAUCUCGGGUUCGACUGGGUAUGGCAAGAUGCAACACCUCCGGAUGAGCCCAACAGGUAUCCUCCGCAAGUCUACAUCCCAUUGGGUUACGAGAAGAAGGUCCUCCCUCGAGGUUGGCAACGCACACCGGAAAACAAACCACUGGACCUCGAUAUCGUCUUUGAGAAGGACGUCGAAAUAGUCCUCAGAGAUGGCGUCAAGAUCUACACGGAUAUCUACCGUCCAGCCGACACCGGCGGCAAGAAGAUUCCCGUCAUUGUUGCCUAUUCCCCAUAUGGCAAAGGAGGUUCCGGCGCGAACCUGAUGGACGUGGUCCCCUACCGUGUAGGGGUCCCGAAAAGUCGUCAAAGCGGGCUGGAAAAGUUUGAAGGCCCGGAUCCCAAUGAGUGGUGUGGGCGUGGCUAUGCGAUCCUGGACCCCAAUGCUCGUGGAUCCUUUGAUAGCGAGGGAGACCUCUAUUUCUUUGGACCCAAGGACGGCGAGGACUGCUACGACAUCAUUGAAUGUGUAGCCCGCUACGAUUGGUGCAACGGCGCUGUGGGCAUGGCAGGCAAUUCUUGGCUGGGCAUAUCCCAGUACUGGGCCGCAAUGCAACAGCCUCCGCACCUGAAGGCCAUUGCCCCUUGGGAAGGCUACAGCGAUCUCUAUCGAGACAUGAUACGCCGAGGAGGGAUCCUGUGGGCCCCGUUUCUGAAAUGGGUUCUCCUUGGUGUUCCUGGCCGAGGUCGACAGGAAGACGUCACGGAAAUGGCUGCCCAGCACGAGUUUUUCGACAAGUACUGGGAGAACAAGCGGGUCGACUUCAGCAAGAUCAAGGUGCCGUCGUACAUCCUUGGGUCCUACUCUUCCAUGUUGCACACGGUAGGCGCCGUCCGCGCGUGGAAAGAUACGAACACAGACAAGAAAUGGCUGCGCUUCCACCCGCAUCAAGAGUGGUACGAGGACUACCACUAUCGCUCGGUUGACGACCUGGACAGAUUUUUCACGAGGUAUCUAAAGGGAGAGGACAACGGCUGGGAAACGACGCCCAAGGUCCGGGUCUCGCUGUACCGGUUUGGAGAUAGGUACCCUCUCUAUGACCAAGCCGAGACUGACUAUCCCAUCCCGAGGACCCAAUACGAGAAGCUGUAUCUCACGGCGAAUCAGACACUUCAGGACAAGGAAUCCAGCGAGACGGCAAUCCACUCGUACGACUCGGCCGCAAGCGAUAUGGCAACUUAUGACUACGUCUUCCAGGAGAGGACAAUGCUUGCGGGCUUUUCAAAGCUUCGCAUCUUUGUCUCGUGCAAGGAGCACAAUGACAUGGACAUAUAUGUCAUGCUGCGCAAAUUGUCCGUGGACGGUGAACCAAUGGAGCAGUCGAACGUCCCCCUCCACGAGCUGCCGUCAGACGUGAGGUCUGUGAAGGAGGUCGAGAACGUCAACCCUGUCAAAUACCUGGGUCCCACGGGCAUCCUGCGAGCUUCGCACCGCGAGAUUGACCCCAGCCGGUCGACCGAGCACUGGCCUUUCCAUCCGCAUACGUCGACUGAUUAUGUUGAGCCCGGCAAGGUGGUAGAAAUGAACAUCGGUAUCUGGCCGAUGGGCGUGGUGUACGAGAAGGGAGAGGGAUUGCGGCUACAGAUCUCGGGGAAGACGAUGGUUCUCCCUGAAUGGGACAACCCGAUGGUCAAGCACCAGGAGCCGCUCUUCAACAAAGGACGUCACAAUAUCCAUGUGGGAGGUGAAUAUUCGGGAAGUUACCUGUUGAUACCGAAAGUGUAA